AUGAGCGGGAUGAAACGGAAAGUAUGUGUAAAAAAAGAGGAAAAGAUAACAACAGUCGUUCCGAGAAAACGUUUGCGGCGAAUGCGUAAUGUCAAGGAAGAAUUAGAUGAAGUUAUCAUUUUACGCAAAUGUGCCGAGUUGGUGGAUGUUUUACGUAAUCACAAGACUACUGACAACCGAACACUAUGCGAGACUUUUAUUCGCGCACCAUCCCGCCGGACGGAUCCCAAAUAUUUUGAUAUUAUUACGCAUCCAAUCGACCUCACGAGAAUUCAACAGAAAAUUAAAACUGAAGAAUAUGAUACAGUUGAUGAUCUUGCAGCAGACAUUAGUCUUUUAGUCAGUAACAACAAAGCUUAUUAUAAGGAAGGUAGUCAAGAAUUUGAGGAUGCCUGUGAACUGUGGGAAAUAUUUGAUAUGCAUAGAAGAAAAAUAUAUGAAGGAAUAUCUAACACUGGAAUAAAAGAGUGUGAAAAAUCAUUAAUCCAAGCAAAGUCUGAUAUUUUGCUGGUUGAUUUAUUUGAAGAAAUCAUUGUCAGUACUUUGGAGCUAACUGAUGUAACUGGUCGAUUACUUAGUCCACCCUUUCGUACUCUACUUCCUCCUGAAGAAUUCCCUAGUUAUUAUGAUCGAAUUAAAAAACCGAUUGAUCUUAAAAAAAUAGCUCAAAAAAUCAGAACCGGAAAGUAUCGUACUUGGCAGCAAUUCGACACUGAUUUUCGGUUAAUGUGUAAAAAUGCAAAAUCUUUUAAUGAAGUCGAUUCAGUAAUUAGUAAAGAUGCCUCAUUGCUAUUGAAAAAUUAUGUCAAACGUCGAGCUGAAUUAUCAAAUUUUAAAAGCAAACCACUAACCAUUAAAAGGAUUAAUGCAAAUAAGAGAAUUUUGGAUGAGCUAUUAACACAAAGUGAAACUACUGGAUUCAGAGGGGAAUACUCAGAAGAUUCAGAAGAAGAUGACGACUCAGAACAAAGUAAUGACCAAAAAUGGAUAUUGUAUUGGACAUUACGCAACGAACUUAAUCCGUCCGAUCCCGAAACUUAUUUAGCGGAUCCGUUUUUGGAAUUACCGAGCAAAAACUGGUAUCCUGAUUAUUUUGAUGAAAUCGCUCAACCAAUGUCGCUUUUUAUGAUAAACAAGAAAUUAAAGCGUAACGACUACGGAACAUUUGAAGAGUUUCUCCGAGACGUUCUUUUAGUUUUCAGCAAUGCUAAAAGUUAUAAUGUAGAAGGUUCGGAUAUCUAUGAAGCUGCAGUAAAGUUAGAGCGUUUAGCAAAGUCAAAGGCCCAGAUGUUACAGGAAGACAUAAAGUUGUGGGAAAAUGAUGACACUGAUAAGGCAUCUAAUAAAAGUAAGCAGCCAUCAGAUUUUACUGUAUCAGGAAUGAAAAGGCUGCAUAGAAGACAUUCAGGGCAUCCAGCUCUACCUGCUCAUUCUUUAAAAUCAGAAACGUCGAUUGGUUAUCUGAAUUUCGACAGUUCGAAACUUCAGAAAUUACCAACAAGCAGCAAAUCAAGUGAUUCCUUUAUGCAAGUAUUUCGAAGCAAACUUACAACUUUAUGGAAUGCUGUUUGCGAUUACAUGGAUAACGGGCGACGUCUAGCAAAUGCUUUCAUUGCGUUGCCAUCUAGAACAGACUAUCCAGAAUAUUACGAAUACAUUAGAAAACCAAUUGACUUGACCAUAAUCAAACAGAAAAUCGAAGCUGACCAGUAUACUUCCACAGAUGACUUCAUGAAAGAUAUGGAUCUAAUGUUUCGUAAUGCCUGGAAAUUUAAUGAACCUGGUUCACAAAUAUACCAGGAUGCAACGAUACUGCAGUCAGUUGUGCGCAAUGCAUUAAGUUUAAUUUCUGAUAUUGCUAUCUUCAAUCUUGAGAAAUGCAGAAAUAAAACAAAGAAAAAAUCAAAAGUAACAUCAAGAAAGCUUAAAGCUUGCACUGUUGAUGAUGAAACUAGCAGAUAUAACAAUCUCAACAUUGGUAACAAUAUUUCGCGAUGCUCUACUAUUAAGAUGCCUGGAAUACGUUGCCGUACACAUUUAUGUGAUAAUGUCAGUUCUUCGCCUUCUUGCAGUACAGUUUACACUAAUAUCGCAUCUGUAAGUUCACCAAAAAAUACAAUGAAAAGUGGGCGCGGUACUUCGAGAAAAUCACUUAUACCAUCUCAUGUUGGGUCCGAUGCCGAGAAAGUAGAAUUGUAUGAAAUAUAUAACCUCAUAAGAAAUCAUCAUGAUGAACGCGGACGUGAGCUAUCGAUUCCAUUUUUGCAGUUGCCAUCAAAAUAUGAUUAUCCAGAUUAUUACGAUGUGAUUCGUAAGCCAAUCGAUCUUUGCAAGAUACGGGAGCGUAUAAGUUCAAAUUAUUAUGAUUCAGUCGAUGGACUGAUUUCUGAUUUAAUACUGAUGUUUGAUAAUGCUUGCCGUUAUAACGAGCCAGAAAGCAUGAUAUAUAAGGAUGCUUUGUCAUUGAAAAAGAUUGUACUCAUGAAAAAACGUGAUUUAUGCAAGGUUGCUGGAUCUCUAAUAAAUGUGCAAUCAGAAGUGCAAACUCUUCUCUCUUCAAUUCUUAUUUCAGUAAAUAAUCAUCAGGACUCUGAUGGUCGAUGUUUCUCUGAUUCGCUGGCUGACUUGCCAGCAAUGUUAAGAAGAAAAGGUGUUAAUUCAAGCAAUAUUCCAUUCUCAAUCGAUGAAAUGAAAAGAAACAUUGAUAAGGGUCGGUAUCGUCGAUUAGAUGUGUUUCAAGAAGAUCUAUUUUCUUUGUUCGAUGCAGCACUGGAGAAUACUCAUUCUGAUUCUCAAAUUUUUGAAGACACAGUCGAACUCUGGCUAUUUUAUUUAAAAACACGAGAUGAUCUGACACGUACAACAUUACUGUCUCCUGCUCGUUGGUAUACUGAGAAGUUGCUUAUCACGCAUGUAAAUGAUAUACGAAAGCGUAAAUUAUCAAAAGAAGCAGAAGAUGAUGAAGAGAAUAAAAAGUCUGAGACAUUAGGGCCAAAUGCUGAUGGAGAUGUUGUUUUGGAUUUAAUGGGACAAGGAGGGUACAUCUACCGAGUAAAUGAUUACGCAUAUGUAGCGCCAGUGAAUGAUGAGAGUGUAGUACAACGACACAUCAUGAGAAUUGAACGGUUAUAUCGAAAUUGUGAUGGGCAAACAUUUGCUCGUGGUAUAUGGUGCUACCAACCAGAAGAAACAUUUCAUUUGGCUACUCGAAAAUUUUGCGAAAAUGUUGGUUUCAGUAAUGAAGUAUUCUUAACAUCAUAUUAUGAUACGAUAACGGUAGAUCGCCUUAUUGGAAAAUGCCAUGUAAUGCCAGUUCGACAGUUCAUGAAGGAAAAACCAAAAGGUUUUGACGACAGUGACAUCUAUGUUUGUGAAUGUCGUUAUAUGGGUCGGCAUCUGCAUUUCAAGAAAUUAAAACAUUGGCCAUAUGACGCAGCAAAUGAAAAUGUGGAGUACGUGAAGCGCGAGAAAUCUCUAACAAUGCUGAAGCGUAUCACAUCAUUACUUGCAAGCCGUAAAAUUUUACAAGUACAGCAUAGGGUAACUGAAAGAGUAGAUGAUAAUGAAUCCAUUGAUUCACUGUCUUCGUUAGAGGAUGAUCGCUUAAAAAAUUUGCCUGCAGUGUUGGAAAGGAAAAGGGUAGAGGUUAUGUCUUAUGGUCGUCCUAUAACUUUAAAAGAAAAUUAUAUUUUAGAAGUACUGGAAAGUAGCAGUAGUUCGAUCAUUUUUUACGAGCAAAUGUUUUAUGAUGAUAGAUGGUUUCGUUUGGGAGAUUUUGUUUAUGUGUACAAUCCUUUGAGAAAUCAGAAUGUAAUUUUACGUGUUGAUAAGUUAUGGAAGACGAAGGAAGGUGAUGGAUUUUUCUCUGGUCCAUAUUUUGCUCAUCCUUGUGAAAUCAAACAUGAACCAGCUCGACUGUUCUAUAAACAAGAAGUGUUUGCUGUCGAUCAACCAGACAUAAUUAUUCCGUUGGAAAAUGUUCAGGGAGUGUGUGCAGUUCUGCCUAUCAAAGAAUAUGUCAGAGGACGGCCAACGGAAAUUGAUGAAUGUGAUGUGUAUGUUGUGGAAAGUAAAGUGCGUGGUUAUGGAAGCGAAGAGCGAAGAUGCAGCUCGGCAAGUGGUAAAGCUGAUGUUAGUGAAAUUAACAACGCUGAGAUUGACCUUAGAGGAGUAUCGAUAAUGGACAAUAAAAGCGGGGAAAUAUGCAGGAAAGGAGGGGAGAGAUGUUCAAUUAAUAUGGCAGAAAUGGAAUAUGAUGCGCACAGUAAUGUUGCAUCAACAUCAGGGGUAAUUAUGAGGAGAACAGAUUCCAGUGGCUCAACAACCCGUUCGGUGGAAGAAGAUCUGAGACACAGUGUGUUGCAACGAACUAAGAGUAUUGUGGAUAAGGAGCAAAUGCUUGUAAGUGAGGAACCAAUGAAUGAUGCUUUCGCAAAGAAACUUAAGCAUUCUCUGAAGGUACAGCUUUGCUCAUUAUUCUUCAUAAUUGAUUGCAAGUUAUUAGACUAG